CACAGGCCCAAUGUGGAAAGAGCGCGCGAACAAUAGCCGUUUGGACACAAGCCUUGUUGCCAGAGCGCUUGAACAGAAAGUGGGACGCCAUCCUAGCAAUUGCAUUGUCAUGCUUCAGCAGACGCAGAUGUCGCCGCGGAUCGCUUUCCAGGGCGGCCAGGAGACCACCUACAGGAGUGCGAAUACAGCGGUGGAGGACCAGUCGAGCAUGGAUUGCGAGACCCUCAUCUUCGUGGACAUCGACGGGGUGUUGAACGUCGGGGUCCUCGACUCGGAGGGCGCCCAUCUGUCAUUCAGCGAGGACAACGCCAAGCGCGCGCUGGCGAGCUGGGCAAGGAGGGCCAGCAUGUCGGAGUCGAGACGCAUCGCGGUUGCCCAACACACGUAAGAGGGACCCUUCGCCGGAGGGCCCUCUGGUGCGGGCCCGCCAGGGUCCCCCGAUCGCCGGACGCGAUGCGGUAGAUGCGACAGCAGCGUCUUGCGCGCUCGGGCUCGGCCGCCCCGCGGCCCCCCCUUCAGAGCCGCGCAGCAAAGGGUCACUCCUGCCCAGCCGGGGUCACUCCUGCGUGCAGCCCAGGUCGAGCGCAUCGCCUCGACAUACAGCCGCGUGGCGGAGCCGCACGAGCGCGCACCCCGCACGAGGCUGCUGUCCUCCCCCGGCACGGGCCUCAGCGACUUCCUGGUGGGGCGCCUGGCGCGGCUCCUCGAGGCGGCAGGACCACGGUGCCAGGUCGUGCUGUCGUCCACCUGGCGCAUGCCCAACACGCGCAGCGCCUGUCGGGCCUCGAGGCCGCCCUCUCGCGGCACCUGGGCAGGCGCUUUGCCUUCGACGCGCGCACCGCGAUCCGGGACGACCACACCCCGGAGCUCCGCCUGCGGUGCAUCGCAGACUUUGCCGCGGAGCACUGCAGGAAGGGCCCCGUGUCGGUCAAGCGACUGCGCAUGCUGGUGCUCGAUGACUUCCACGUCACCCCCUUCGGAACUUGGCACUGCGGCUCGAAGAAGAUGGACUCUGCGCGCGCCGUCGAGAAGUACCUAGUGUCCCGCGUACCCAACCACGUUGACGCCCAGGUGCGGCUUAUCCACACGUACGACGAGUGGACUACGGAUACCGGCCUUGGUGUACAGAUCGGUUGUGGGUUGACCAGCAGGCAUUUCAACCAGGCCGUGGACUUCUUGGUGGCCGACAGCGUUUCGGGCAACGCGGGCGUUCUUUACGUGCCAGCGCAUGGGCGGAAAGAUGGCGGCAAGAUGGUGACGGAUAAGCGCGCAACUACGCGCAAGGCCAAGCCACCGAAGGACAGCCCCGAAUGGGUGAGGAGGUCAGAGGCCUUCGUUCGCGCAUUUGUCCACACUGGCCUACGUUGGGUGCCAUGACGCCGAGAUUCCCGCAGGCAUCGUGCCAAACAGCAGACCACUUUGUGUCGUUGAUGUGGUACGGCGUAGAUUAACAUGCUGUGCAGCGUCGGACAGCCUGCUAGUCACACUGGCAAUCCCACCGCGUGUUCGGGCUGGACGCUCUUGGAUGAUUCGCUUUAAGUUUUGACAGCAGACAUCUGCGGCUGGAUACCACAGAGCUGCUGUCAGUAUUAUGUUAUCCGAAUGUUGGUGCCAUCAGAGUUUGGAACGAACCUCCGCUGGGGCGUGAAACCUUCGCGCGGCUGGUGGAGCUCAGUUUCAUGCGGGCCAGCGCCACAGCCUAUUGAUGGCUGUCUUCCUCCUCGCGCGUGAGCGCAGAGCCCGCCAUUGCCACGGUGGCGGACAUUAUCAAUUCAUCGCGGCGCGUGAGAGCCCCAUUCCAUUGCAGUUCAAGUGCGCGUUCUCAUGCGGUCGGUGCAUGGCGCGUUUGCGCCAUAUGUCAUAUAUACAACCUUCAGUGUGGCCGCCUUGCCAUCGGGUCCUUUUUUCUACGACUCUGGCACAACAGUAUAAAGACACGGUUGUGCGUUCACCCUCAGAAGUUCUUUGACUAGGAGUUCUUGACCGCGCGUUCACGUGCUGUUCCAGCGUGAAGGUCGUGGUGAUUCGAUGUUAUCACUUCUUAACGCAGCGAGUUUCCACCUUCUUGCAGCCCGAAUUCGCUCCCAAUAUGUUUUGUCGCGUUAAUGCCAGCUUAAAUUUGCUACGUGCCCUCCUUCAGCUAGUCGGUUCCAAGGGAUCUGCGCAUACGUGUUUGCUUAGCGUCGUAGCUAUGUAUUCCAGAGUGGCGAACAUGCCAUCAGGGUAGUGGCAACAACAGGUGUACAGAACAUGGAGCGGUACUUGUUUGGAGAAAUUCGCACUCAGGCCCCUCAUAGUGGCACAUUUGUUUUUCUCUUGCCGCUGCAUCGCCGUAUGUGCUGAAUGUCCGACCGCGCGUCCCGAUGUGCAUCUCAAGCACGCGCUGUUCCAAAGUGUUCAUGCUGGCGACUCGAGUGCUCCACAAAUUCGUUUUCGCAGCAGAUCGUCAUCCCAUUGCAGCUCAAAUGCGAUCGCAAGAAGCAUGGUCGCUGGUAUGUCUUUUCAUCUCGCCCACAUCGUGGGUUGCACGGGAUUUGCGCAUAACGAUCUAGUCAGCGGCAUAGCUUAUCCUCUCGAUUGGCCAGCAUGCCAUCGAUCUAACGGCUACGACAGUUGCACAAAGUGGUAGGGCUACCGUCAUGUGGAUAUGCCUGGCGAGCGCAAAACAUGCCGCUGCACCUCAGCAUGCGUGGGUUCUCUCGCACUUGUUCAGA